ACGUAGUGAAAAUUGAUAAAAGAGUACAGUGAAUAGUAAGUUUUAGUAGUUAAUGGUUAAAAAAAGUAAUUAUUGAUUAGGCAUAGUCAGAGUUUGUAAGAAGAAGUUAAUUAUAUAUGAUAUGAUAUGGGUUUAGGUAGUGGGCUGGGGAGGAUAGAUAUGGUUGAGAAAGUGAGGUAUAGAGUAAGCUUGGUAGGGUGCGUGACAUGAGGGUCAUUCUUAGUGGGCUUGGAUUCCAACUUUAACCCUUUUAUUAGUAUAACCCUAUCUUAACUAUUCACUAUUCAACUCUAAUAUUCUCCGGAAUUCAUUCCAUUAAGUUUGUUGCUACAAAUACAUAAUCUGGUUUGUUUAUUCUCCAGAAUUCAUUCCCAAGGAAUCCCUAUCCCUAUCCCUAUCCCUGUCCCUGCAAAUACAUUAGGAUGAGUCUAUUUUUAUGAUACAAAGGGCAGCAUAGUAAUUUUGUUUCUUGCUUAUUCUUCUACCCAUACAACCCAACCCAAUCCAAACUUUUUUCAAAUAUACCUUAUUUACUUUUAUUUCUUUUCAUUUUAUAUUUGUUGUAGUAGAAGUUUAUAUAACCUAAUUUGGGAGAUGUAAUUUUGGAAAUUUAUUUAUAAGACUUAGGCGAUAGGUUAGAGAGAGAGAGGAAGAAAUGGGAAUGGCAAGUUGGGAGUUAUUGGAAGAAGAAAAGGUCCAUCAUCCCCAGCUUUGACCCAACACUACUGGGCCCCACCCUUGUUUGUGGGUCCAUUUCCUUUCCACUCUUCCUUCUUCUCCCAAUUUCUUCUUUUUCUUUCCUUAAAUCCCCUCUCCCCCACUUCUUCCUCUCCUCUCCCCCCCUCUCCCCUCUCCCCUCUCCCCCACAUCUUCCUCUCCGCCCAUGGCCGAUAUUCACAAACAAGAACUCGACGACCACCACCACCACUCUCCGCCCACCCAUCUCUGUAUCAAUAACUCCGACUCCUCUCCAAUCAACCUUCUUCCCCUUGCUCCCAAGCGGGAGCAUCCCGACAACGACCACAAAACUCAGGUCGUCAAGUUCACGGCAGAGAUACCUAAAACGGUCUCGUCUAUCCCCCCCACGAGACCCUCCACCAAGGAUCGCCACACCAAGGUCGAGGGCCGAGGCCGGAGAAUCCGAAUUCCGGCUACCUGUGCGGCGCGUAUCUUCCAGUUGACUCGUGAACUCGGCCACAAGUCCGACGGCGAAACCAUCCGCUGGCUUCUCGAACGGGCCGAGCCGGCGAUCAUCGCGGCUACUGGGACUGGUACCGUUCCCGCCAUCGCCAUGUCUGUUAAUGGCACUCUCAAAAUCCCCACCACCACUUCCUCUUCUAACCAAGAUUCCGCCGAUCAAUCCGCCACUAAGAAGCGGCGUAAGCGCCCCGCUAACAGUGACUAUGUUGACGUAAAUGACGCCGUUUCCGUUUCCGUCUCCGCCUCCGCCUCGAACGGCGCUGUUCAGGCCGCUACCGUUGCCGGUUCCCCCGCCGUCCAACAGCCUUUUCCACCGGGGUUUGUUCCAGUGUGGGCCAUCCCAUCGAACGCCAUAAUUCCCGGGGCGGUUUUCAUGGUUCCAUCCGUGGAUUGCUCUUCCACCCGUCCGCAGUUUUUCUCAUUCCCGACCCCGGCAGCGCCGCUCAUCAACACAACGGCCCGACCCAUUUCCACCGUCCCGUCGAAGCUGCACACGUCUCACAUUCAAGCAAACACCACCAAUCAAAGCUCGAGCACUUCAAACUCCUCCGCUUCCAAGUCUGAAUCCGUCAUGGCGCCGAUCUCGAGCUCCACCGUCACGACAAACGGCAAAACUACGAAACAGAUGCUCAGAGAAUUCUCAUUGGAGAUAUACGAUAAGGAAGAGCUUCAAUUCAUGUCUCGCUCGUCGGAAAGAAUGAAGACAGAAUAGAUGGGAAGUUGUUUUCGAUUUAAUAUCUUUCUCUGUCUCUCACCCUGUGUAAUCUAUCCGCCAUCGACGAACCAGAAAAGAAAGCUCGAGACGAAGAACGAAUGGAAGAAGGAAAAAAGUAUCGUUUAUUUUUUUUUUUUUUGGAAGUGCAGCAGAAGGAAGGGGAAGCACGAGGCAGUCACGUGGUAGACGUGAGGAUCGAAAAGUAAAUGCACGUGUAAGGUGGGGGUGGGGUUUUUCUUUUUAUUUUUUGGUGAAGGCGCAAAGGUGUGGGGACCACACCAGCAAGAUGGGUCAACACUACGGAAAGAGAGAAAUUUUCCUUUUUAAUAUAUUAAAAAAACAAAAAAUAAAAGAGAGAGUGGGGUCCAGGUCAGUGGUGGAAACGAGUUAUGCUGCUCCGUGGACCGUGCAAGCCUGGUGUGGGGACUACUUUUUAGCCUCCUUGUGUCUAUGUGAUGGAGGUUGGGGAGGGCCCGGGUCCACUUCAUGGGCCCAACGGCGGCCUUUUAGGCCUGGAGCAUGUGGUGGUCCCCUCUGCCCGGCCUACAACCGGGUUGUGGGUUCUGUGGUCCGAGCCAGGUGCAUGGCUGAAGGAUAAAUGAACACGUGUUACACUGUGGGUUAGCUGGAGACUAAGAGCGUUCCUUCUUGCCACGUGGAUCAAUCAGAUUGGUUUGGUAUGAGAUGCUUUUCUGGAAAACUUGGGGUUAUUUUGGUGAGAGAAAGAAAGAGAGAGUUUGUAAAUUCAUUGUUUAGCUGAAUUCUUGAUAAUCCAUUAAUGAUUUAGACGCA